AUGCAUUGCGAAAAGAUGAAAUCAAAAGCCAUGCAGAUUGCUGCUCGUGUAGAAGGAGUGACCUCAUUGACUAUAGAAAAGGAAAAUGAUAAAAUGGUUGUAAUUGGAGAAGGAAUUGAUGUUGCUUGCUUGGUUUUGUCUCUCAGGAAGAAAUUUUGUUUUGUUGAAAUUGAAACUGUGGAAGAAGUCAAGCCACCGCCUCCUCCACCGCCUCCUCCACCCAAGUGUCCACCCAAGUGUCCACAGUCCCCUCCACCAUGUCCACCACCGUGCCCCCCUCCACCAUGUCAACCAUGCCCGCCUAAGCCAUGUCCACCACUGUGCCGGCUUCCGCCAUGUACACGGCCAUGUCCGUCCCAAACAUGUUAUGGAUGUCAAGACUAUGAUUUUAAUCCACCUAAUUGCUUCAUCAUGUGA